AUGGCGGCGAACAUCAACGUGCACGGCGGUGAGAGCACGAACGGCCAGACGCUCUUCAACUCCAUCGGAGUGCUCAUUGGCAUCGGGUUGCUUAGCAUGCCGCUGGCGUUCUCGUACGCCGGCUGGAUCGGGGGAUCUAUCAUGGUCAUCGCAUUUUCUGCGAUUACGUGCCACACGGGCAAGCUCCUCGCGCGUCUGCUGUACUCUGACGUGUCGCUGGCGAGCUACACGGACAUCGGAAUGGCUGCGUUCGGCGCGUGGGGUGGCUCGGCCAUCCAAGUCCUCUUCUGCACCGAGCUUUUUGCCUUCGGCGUCGCGCUUAUCGUCCUCUUCGGCGACUCGAUGAACGCCGUCCUCCCCGACUACUCCGCCGAGACCUGGAUGGCGCUCGGCUUCUUCCUAGUCCUUCCGACGACAUUCAUGCCGCUGCGCUGGCUCGCCGUCCCCUCGGUGCUUUCUACGGCGGCCGUCGUCGUGCUGAUCGGCAUCAUCCUCUUCGACGGCCUGUGGAAGAAGCACGCGCCCGGCUCGCUCCUCGACCCCAUGCCGACCCGCCUCGGCCCCGAGAUGAAGAUGAUGAACUGGGUAGGCGGCGUCGGUCUCGUCCUCGCCGGCUACGGCGGGCACGCCGUAAUCCCUGCGAUUGCGAAAGACGCACGUAACCCUGCCGCAAUUGACCGUCUCUUCAACAUCUCCUUCACCGUCGCCGGAGCCGUCGCCGCCGUCUCCGGCGCCAUGGGCUACCUCAUGAUGGGCGACAACGUGUCCGACGAGAUCUCCAAGGACAUGAUGAACCCCAUCAUGAAGUACCCCGAGACGCUCAACCAAGUCGCGCUGUGGAUGAUCGUCCUCGUCCCUCUGACGAAGUAUGGUCUGACCAGCCGGCCGCUGCACGUCGCCGUCGAGAGCUUCCUGGGCAUCGCGCCGGCCGCGCCCGAGGCUGAGCCCGAAGCUCCUCCUCCCCGCCUCACCGUCGAGCCGCCAGAGGGCGGCCGGCGCCACCGCCGUAUUUCCUUCGCGGUCAAUUCGGCGCUCACGCGCAUCGGCGAGAGCGACUACGUCGACGACGAGUGCGAGCGCCCUGACCACCACCACCACAGAAAGAGCAUCGUGCCGCCUUCCGAGGCGACGACGGCGGAAGGCGGCAAGGGCGUCGCCCGCGCCGUCAUGCGCAUUGUCAUCACGGCUGCGGGCACGGUCGUGGCAAUCGUCCUCCCGGGCUUUGAGAAGGUCAUGGCGUUCCUUGGAUCCUUCUCGGCCUUUCUAAUUUGCAUCAUCCUCCCGAUCGCCUUCUACCUCCGCCUCGCACCGAGCGUGCUCGGCGUCAAGGAGGAAGGCAAGGCGCGCGCUCUGCGGGUGCUCCACCUCGUCAUCCUCGUAGUCAGCACCAUUCUCAUGUGCAUGGGCACGGUGUGGGCGUUCUUGCCCGGUACGGGACGGGGCACGGACUGA